GCGGGCGGCCGCGGGGAUGGCCGGGGCUGCAGGUGGGGCGCGCGCCCGACGGCCGGGGCUCCCCUCUGAGCGGCCGCAGCUCCUGUGCCUCCCCGGGGGGCCGCCCCGUCGGAGCCGCUGAGGCCGAGGACAGACCGACAGACAGCCCGCCCUUCCCCCGCUCAAACUGGGGUCAUGACGGUCCCCAAGGAGAUGCCCGAGAAGUGGGCCCGGGCCGGGGCGCCCCCCUCCUGGAGCAGAAAGAAGCCCUCCUGGGGGACAGAAGAAGAAAGGAGGGCGCGGGCCAAUGACCGAGAAUACAAUGAGAAAUUCCAGUAUGCGAGUAACUGCAUCAAGACCUCCAAGUACAAUAUUCUCACCUUCCUGCCUGUCAACCUCUUUGAGCAGUUCCAGGAAGUGGCCAAUACCUACUUCCUGUUCCUUCUCAUUCUGCAGUUGAUCCCGCAGAUCUCUUCCCUGUCCUGGUUCACCACCAUUGUGCCUUUGGUUCUUGUCCUCACCAUCACAGCUGUUAAAGAUGCCACUGAUGACUAUUUCCGCCACAAGAGCGAUAACCAAGUGAAUAACCGUCAGUCUCAGGUGCUGAUCAACGGAAUCCUCCAGCAGGAGCAGUGGAUGAACGUCUGUGUUGGUGAUAUUAUCAAGCUAGAAAACAACCAGUUUGUGGCGGCGGAUCUCCUCCUCCUUUCCAGCAGCGAGCCCCAUGGGCUGUGUUACAUAGAGACAGCAGAACUUGAUGGAGAGACCAACAUGAAAGUGCGGCAGGCGAUUCCAGUCACCUCGGAAUUGGGAGACAUCAGUAAGCUUGCCAAGUUUGAUGGUGAAGUGAUUUGCGAACCUCCCAACAACAAGCUAGACAAAUUCAGCGGAACCCUCUACUGGAAGGAGAACAAGUUCCCCCUGAGCAACCAGAACAUGCUGCUGCGGGGCUGCGUGCUGCGAAACACCGAGUGGUGUUUCGGGCUGGUCAUCUUUGCAGGUCCUGACACUAAGCUGAUGCAGAACAGUGGCAGGACAAAAUUCAAGAGAACAAGUAUUGAUCGCCUAAUGAACACACUGGUGCUCUGGAUUUUUGGAUUCCUGGUCUGCAUGGGGGUGAUCCUGGCCAUUGGCAAUGCCAUCUGGGAACAUGAGGUGGGGAUGCGCUUCCAGGUCUACCUGCCCUGGGACGAGGCGGUGGACAGUGCCUUCUUCUCUGGCUUCCUCUCCUUCUGGUCCUACAUCAUCAUCCUCAACACCGUCGUGCCCAUAUCGCUCUAUGUCAGCGUGGAGGUCAUCCGCCUGGGCCACAGCUACUUCAUCAACUGGGACAAGAAGAUGUUCUGCAUGAAGAAGCGGACGCCUGCUGAGGCCCGCACCACCACCCUGAAUGAGGAGCUGGGCCAGGUGGAGUACAUCUUCUCCGACAAGACGGGCACCCUCACCCAGAACAUCAUGGUCUUCAACAAGUGCUCCAUCAAUGGCCGCAGCUACGGUGACGUGUUCGAUGUCCUGGGACACAAAGCUGAAUUGGGAGAGAGGCCUGAGCCCGUCGACUUCUCCUUUAAUCCUCUGGCUGACAAGAAGUUCUUGUUUUGGGACCCCGCUCUCUUGGAGGCUGUCAAGACGGGGGACCCCCACGCCCACGAGUUCUUCCGCCUCCUCUCCUUGUGCCACACCGUCAUGUCGGAGGAGAAGAGCGGAGGGGAGCUCUACUACAAAGCCCAGUCUCCGGACGAGGGGGCCUUGGUCACCGCAGCCAGGAACUUUGGCUUCGUAUUCCGCUCUCGUACCCCCAAAACCAUCACUGUCCAUGAGAUGGGCACCGCCAUCACCUACCAGCUGCUGGCCAUCCUGGACUUCAACAAUAUCCGCAAACGGAUGUCGGUCAUAGUGCGGAAUCCAGAGGGGAAAAUAAGACUCUACUGCAAAGGGGCUGACACCAUCUUGCUGGACAGACUCCAUCAUUCUACCCAAGAGCUGCUAAACACCACCACCGACCAUCUGAAUGAGUAUGCGGGCGAAGGGCUGAGAACCCUGGUCCUGGCCUACAAGGAUCUGGAUGAAGAAUACUACGAGGAGUGGGCCGGCAGACGGCUCCAAGCCAGCCUGGCCCAGGACAGCCGGGACGACCGGCUGGCCAGCGUCUACGAGGAGGUCGAGAGCGACAUGAUGCUGCUGGGUGCCACAGCCAUUGAGGACAAGCUUCAGCAAGGGGUUCCGGAGACCAUUGCCCUCCUGACGCUGGCCAACAUCAAGAUCUGGGUGCUGACUGGAGACAAGCAAGAGACGGCCGUGAACAUUGGCUAUUCCUGCAAGAUGCUGACGGACGACAUGACAGAGGUGUUCAUCGUCACUGGCCACACGGUCUUGGAAGUGCGGGAGGAGCUCAGGAAAGCCCGGGAGAAGAUGAUGGAUUCGUCCCGUGCUGUGGGCAAUGGCUUCACCUAUCAGGAGAAACUUUCUUCUUCCAGGCUCACCUCUGUCCUGGAAGCUGUGGCUGGGGAGUAUGCCCUGGUUAUCAACGGGCACAGCCUGGCCCACGCGUUAGAGGCAGACAUGGAGCUGGAGUUUCUGGAGACGGCCUGUGCCUGCAAAGCUGUCAUCUGCUGCCGGGUGACUCCCUUGCAGAAGGCACAGGUGGUGGAACUGGUUAAGAAGUACAAGAAGGCUGUGACCCUGGCCAUCGGGGAUGGAGCCAACGACGUCAGCAUGAUCAAAACGGCUCACAUUGGUGUGGGCAUCAGCGGGCAGGAAGGGAUCCAGGCGGUGCUGGCCUCUGACUACUCCUUCUCCCAGUUCAAGUUCCUGCAGCGCCUCCUGCUGGUGCAUGGACGCUGGUCUUACCUGCGCAUGUGCAAGUUCCUCUGCUAUUUCUUCUACAAGAACUUCGCUUUCACCAUGGUCCACUUCUGGUUUGGCUUCUUCUGCGGCUUCUCAGCCCAGACAGUCUAUGACCAGUAUUUCAUCACCCUUUAUAAUAUCGUGUACACCUCCCUCCCAGUCCUGGCCAUGGGGGUCUUCGAUCAGGAUGUCCCAGAGCAGCGGAGCAUGGAGUACCCUAAGUUAUACGAGCCAGGCCAGCUGAAUCUCCUCUUCAACAAGCGGGAGUUCUUCAUCUGCAUCGCCCAGGGCAUCUACACGUCCGUGCUCAUGUUCUUCAUCCCCUAUGGGGUGUUUGCUGAAGCCACCCGGGAUGAUGGCACCCAGCUAGCUGACUACCAGUCCUUUGCGGUCACCGUGGCCACUUCACUGGUCAUCGUGGUCAGUGUGCAGAUUGGACUGGAUACUGGCUACUGGACAGCUAUCAACCACUUCUUCAUCUGGGGCAGCCUGGCAGUUUACUUUGCCAUCCUCUUUGCCAUGCACAGCAAUGGGCUCUUCGACAUGUUUCCAAACCAAUUUCGGUUUGUGGGUAACGCCCAGAACACCCUGGCCCAGCCGACUGUGUGGCUAACCAUCGUGCUCACCACGGUUGUCUGCAUCAUGCCUGUGGUCGCCUUUCGGUUUCUCCGGCUGAACCUGAAGCCGGAUCUCUCGGACACGGUCCGCUACACCCAGCUGGUGAGGAAGAAGCAGAAGGCCCAACACCGCUGCAUGAGGCGGGUGGGCCGCACGGGGUCCCGGCGCUCUGGCUACGCCUUCUCCCACCAGGAGGGCUUCGGGGAACUCAUCAUGUCUGGCAAGAACAUGCGGCUCAGCUCCCUGGCGCUCUCCAGCUUCACCACCCGCUCCAGCUCCAGCUGGAUUGAGAGCCUCCGCAGGAAGAAGAGUGACAGCGCCAGCAGCCCCAGCGGAGGGGCCGACAAGCCCCUCAAGGGCUGAAGGCCAGAAGGCGGACGCUGCGCGCCGGCGAUCAGCCAGCUCAUGUGGGGCUGGCCGGCCGCCGAGAGGACAGCGUCUGUCUCCAAGCUGUGGGUCCUCAUUUCUUGCCUAGGUCCUCAUCCCUUCUCUCCUGGUAGACUCUGUCCUACUGGUCCUGCUAGGAGCGGCUGGGGCAUCCCCAGCCCAGGGCCCUCCGAGCAGCUGGGAGGGUGGAGGGGGAGGGCCCCAAGGGCAGAGUGGGGCUGGGGCAUUGGCCACCAGCCCCCACUGGGGGCUCAAAUGUGGACCCAAAAGCAGUAGAAAACCUGUGAGAGAUUGUGUCUGCCCCUGUCCUGCCUGGGAGCCCACAGGGAGACUAUAAUCUCUGUAUUUUUUUACUCCCGAUCCCCAGAGGGGCCCCAGAGCCCCUGUUCCUGAAUUACACAAGAAUGUAUCAUGCCGGGAAGCCAGAGACCUGCUGGGGCCCUGGGCCCCUCACAGUGUGUGUGUCUCUCCUUGAUUUAUGUCUGUGUCCAGUUUGGUUCUGUCUUUUUUUUUUUGGCAAGUGGAGGCGGCCUUUAUGUGACUUUUAUGUUGUGUUGGUGUCUUAACUCUCUUGGGGAAGGUGCCCCGGCCUGGCUGGGAGGGGAGCGGUUUGGGAGAAGCCCUCCAGCAGCUGGUGUCCUUGCGGGACCAAGAGGCCGACCUGGGAGGGAGCUGCCCAUCAGCCAGAGGCUGUUGGGAGGAUAUACCGGGGGCAUUGGGUCCCGUCUCCUUCCUCACCUUGAGAGUGAAGUGCUGCCUCUCCCCCACUCCCCCGCCCCCACAACUAACUCCUGGAUUCCAUAAGUCCUGCUGGUACCGGACUGGAGCCCGGGAGAACGGCCCGUCCUCAGUGACCGAAAGCUGGGUGUGAUAAGUAAUCCUGAAAACAUUUUCUUUAAUGUCAAAUUUAGACCCACGUUCAUGGGCCGAGUCCAUUCUGACUGUCCUCCCUCCUCGUCGGUGUUGCCGGCACCUAAGGCGGCGCCCGGAAUGGGAAGCUGAGCCCUGUGAGCUGAGGCUGCAGGGAAGCCAAGCUCUGCUGCUCCCGGCAACAGCGGUCCCACCCGCUCCAGGCCCGGCUUCCGGCAGGGGGUGCUCAAUGACAGCGGAGCCGAGGCGCGUCAGUCUUUCCAUGAUCCACACCUACGAAGCUCUUCCCCAAGUUAGGUGUCGCCCAAGUUAGUUGCCACCAAGUCAUCCUUGGGCAGAACUUUUUCCAUGUCUUCGGUAGUGGAGGGGGUUACUCAGGAAUGGUGUGGAGCUGGGAGUGAGGGAUGUGGUCGUCCCAUGGGAAUUGGAGGUGUUCCAGUGAGGCGGGUGGGGUGGGCAGGGGCUGGAGGUGGGGAAAGCUUGACAGGGAAAUUCCUUUUGGCCACACGGUUUACAAAUUCAACAUCAUGUCUGUUUGUGUGUCUCUCAAGGUGAGAGUCUGAUUUUUAUACCAAAGAGGAAAUGAUUUUUUUUCAUAUUUGGUUUGUCUAUAUUAUAUAAAUAUAAAUAUAUAUAUAUAUAUACAGUUAUAUAUAUUAUUUUUUUGGUUCUCUCUCGUUUUUUAGGGAGGGAGGAAAGUACCAAGUUGCAUUGAGCUGUAAUUAAGGAACAUUCUGUAUAAUUUAUGACACAUUUCUAUACUUGGAAAAAUUAUAUCAUUUUAUGGAUAUAAGAGAAAAAUGCCUUUUUAUAAAAUCUUGAUUUCUGAAAAAA